AUGGCAGAUGGCUACUUGCAACGCGUGCUAACACGCACCACCUUCCUCGCCCUCGCCUGCCUCCUCUAUGCCCAUGCACAGGAAGGCGACCUCAUCACCCUCGAACCAGAACUCCCUCUCGAUGGCAGCACAGGUGAUCCUUCCAAAUCCACCAACAGCGGCGGUGGGACCAACCUGGUUGCAGCAUUGAUUGCAGGUGCCUUUGCAGGCCUUCUCGUUGAUUUAUCCCUCUUCCCCCUCGACACCAUCAAAACCCGUCUUCAAUCCUCUCAAGGCUUUGCUGCCGCUGGUGGACUCUCGAAUUUAUAUCAUGGAAUUGGAUCGAUUGCGCUAGGCUCAGCACCGUCGUCGGCUUUGUUCUUUGUUGCUUAUGAGUGGAGUAAGUCGCACUUGACGCGUGACGGUGGUGCUGGCUUCUUGGGACACUUACUCGCAACGACCCUUGGCGAAAUUGCAAGUUCACUCGUUCGUGUGCCAGCGGAUGUGGUCAAGUCACGACAACAAGUCGAAGGCGACGGCAGCACUGCGACACACCACGCCGGCAAGGCAAGUUCACAUUUUUUGGGUUCAUUUUCCGCAUUCUACACAGGUUGGCUAUCCACCCUUGUUCGAGAAAUUCCCUUUGGCUGUAUCCAAUUCCCCCUCUUUAGCUUCUUGAAGGCCAUGGCAUCGCCUGUGGGGGAUAGCAAUGAAAUAAGUAUGUUGGCAACGGCACUCUGCGGCAUGGUUGCAGGUGCAGCAGCAGGGUCCUUGACAACGCCACUCGAUGUUGUCAAGACACGCAUCAUGCUUGCUGAAGCAGGCGAAGCAGCCACCAUUAUGGGCGUCUUGAAGGAUGUCCUUCGGCAAGAAGGUCCGCGUGGGUUGUUCAGGGGUGUUGUGCCACGGACAUUGUGGAUUGCUGGUGGUGGUGCCAUCUUCCUGGGUGGAUAUGACUUCUUCUCGCGCUUCUUCUCUUCUCUCGCCGUUUCUGCUGUGUGA